AUGGUAUGCAUAUAACACUUUUUAUACGAAUCAAAAAGCAUUUAUUAACUUAAGUGUUGCUAUAAUCUCAUUGUCGAUUGAUGAUCUUACGAAAUAAAGUUAGCAUAGAAACUACAUUUUAAAAAAUGAGAAAAUUAUUGUGACGGUUCCUUAUUUUCCUAAACUUUAUGCAGUCCAUUUAAACUAUACACGUUAAUGCAGACGAUGACUGAGAAGUCCAGUAUUAACCUAUUUACAUUCGUCAACCGGUCAUGGACAAACACAUGUCUUAAUGAUUCCGAAUUUCGAUAUGAAUUUUCGUCAUCGAAGGUUUGUAAGCCCAAACCCUAACCCUAUGCAAUAGAGCCUUUACGCUGGGAUUCGUGAGCUCACAUAUUCCUUCAGCAUAUGCACUUAUAUGUAUUAAAAAUGGACAUCCUAGAGCAUGUUACUAUCAAGGCUAUAAAUCACAUCGGAAUCACCCAUAUAUUAAGAAUUGAUACGCGACUUCGAGAAACUGCUGAAAUAACCCUAAAUAGAAAUGAAAGACAAAUCGGUGACUACUUUACGCAUAAAGCUUGCACACUAUAAGAACAGAUUUGCAUGUCUCGAUAUAGAAGAUGUUGUCUGAAAAAUCCCAUGAGUCGCUUGUGAUGGAAGGAAUCAAGGCUUAACUGCGGAGUCAAUCUCGCCCUCGGUUCUUGUACGUGGCCCAUUAUUCAAAAAAUGUGCUCGGGCCCGGGUGCUGAAAUUUAACUCGAUAAGCGUUCUUUCGUUCCUGAAGAAGUGUGCCUAUUUCUUGUAUAUGUUUAUAAUGACAUGCCAUUGUCCAUGCAGAUCCGCAGUCUAGAUAAAUUAGUCAGUUCUUAAUCACCCAUGGGAGAAGACGAACAUAAAGAGCAAGCGAUUUCAUGGAAAGUGCUGUGUUCAUGCUGAUGUUUCGUAGACCUGUCGAUUUGCAUCAUCAGGCUCGUGGACGGUUUUUUUCCUGCUGAUCUGGACUUCUUCUGUCUUGAUAGAGAUGUGGUCUGUAAAUCGUCCUGCCGUCGUCUCACGCAGUAACAAGUAGCGGUUCUGUUCUAUGACGUUAAGUCCAGCACAAGAUAUGUUUAAACUGAAUGCUUUAUUGCAUUUUUCGACUUGGUGCCUCAGAAGUGUGAGGUAGUUGAGAAGUUCGAGAAUGUCUUGCAGCAAGAAGUGGCGACUUAACUCCCUCACCAAAAACGUCAAAUAACGGUUUCUAUAGCCGAAAAUUGAGAACAUCUGAGGAUACAAACGUCAACGAUAUUGCUACCUUGGCCGUCGACAGGCGGCACCCGACAAACGUCAUGAAUACAGUUGCACACUGGAUCAAACUGGGCGAUCUCUUGAUGGACAAAGGGUUUUUUCUGCUAAGGAAUGUUAAUGAGUUCAAAAACCUCGCGCACAACAUAAACAAUAACAUUGGCGAAUUGAGGGAAGGGGGCCCCAAUAAAAGGAGGAUAACGGACAAAAUGACAACUGAUUUCGUGAUGGUACACUUCAUCGGCCUGCAAAAUUUACGCGCGCCUGAAGGGUUCCCAAAACCCAUCGUCCCCUUGUAUGACUUCCUAAGAGUUGGUGAUUAAAGUGACAAUACUGAACACUUUGUUUUCCCACUAAGGACUCAGAGUGGACAAUAAAGUUGGUUAAAGAGUGUUUGAAGUGCAUCCAAUAAAUCAAUAUAGAGGCAGACGAGGUGGUGACGCCGUCUAACAUGAUCUCUCUUCUCCCACCGCCCCCACUGGCGAUGGACAUUAUCAAUGGCCUUCUCGUGGAAAUGUAUGAUGAGUUCACUCGACAGCUCUGACGAGUUCAUAUCAUCGAGCUUCUAAAACCGUGCCUAAAGACCUUCUUCACGUUCAGCGUCCAUAUCUACAAGCAAACGAAGGGGCAUCGAUAUUCUUACCCUUGUCUGAACUAAUUGCCAAACAUGUUUUUCAAAUGCUCGAAAAUCUGGCCGUCGACGACACGUUGGCCACAAUCAAAAGGAGCAAUGUACGGGUUGUCGAGGUAUUUAGUUUCUCCGCAUUUCCUGUUUAUAUGGAGGGAGAUGUCGAUAUUCAUUUGCAGUUUCUCGACUAACAAGUUGCAAAGCCGGCAGGCCAGAAGAUAAGAACAACGGUUUACCGUAAGCUGACUGACACUAGAGCCACCCUACAGUGUCUUUCACAAACUCAAUUGUGGCAGCGGAAAUAGAGGAUUGUGUAAGGGCACUCCAUAUUUGACGCCAAUAUUUACCCGAAAUCCUUUCACAUGCAAGGACCUCAAAGAGCUUUAUUUUGAGCGACCGAAAUUGGAAAGGUUGAAAUUUUAAACCAGAAAUCUCUAUGUAAUGAUGGCUUUAAAGGCGACGGCAAUAUUUCUAAACAUUUCGGGAUCAUAAAACGUAAUCCAAAGUAGGACAGCAAAUUAUUUAGACCAAUGACUCGCCACAAACAGCAUACCAAUCAUCAGUGGUCUACAAUAAACGCUUUGGCACAAGACUGCAUGAACACCUACUUUCAAUCAAGAACACGCCGUCUUUUAGUUUUAUGGUCACGUAAACAUGUCUAAAUAUAGUUUCGCGCUUACGAAACCGUGAGUGAUCGACAGAGUCAGUGGGCAUCGAGCAAGGCCAUAAUUUGAGGUAAAUGGCAAAGCUGAAAAUAUAAAGACCAGCAGGUGCAACACGCCUUAUACUCUGGUCAUGGAAGCAAAAAGGUUUCCGAAACGUAUGUUGGGACGCAAUAUGGUUGAUAUAGUUUCCGUUUCUUCUUUUUAGUCUUGUAGGGAAGAUUUGAGAUGCAAUAUAUACAUAUAAAUUAAGAAAGGUGAAGUUAUUUGGGGACCAGCAAGGAAAGACCGCGAAUUCCUGGACAAAAUGACCACUCUGUGCAUAUUUUUAUGUAUUGCUAGGGUAUUAAGCUCUAUCAUCGAAAUGGGUACAAGGAGCGCGUGCUUAUUUGGUAAUACUAACAAUAUUGCUUGUUUGUAUGACGAGUAGCACGCAGUGUUUAGCACGCGGUGAUAGCGUUUGCUCAAAUUUUCAUGGAAAUGUCGUUGCUGGCCCCAAUUAGCUAUUUUCCAGACACUAGGGUCAAAAGUAUUCACAUUUUUAGAUUCGAUAGAUAUUUGUUCGAAACUUAUUCAAGGCUGGUAUUUGUAAAGCCGAUCAGCAUUAACUUACCAAUGACAUAAUUACAGAGUAGUUUUCUUUCGCACUACAUGUCAUUUUCGGGGUAGUUGUCAGUGUUAAUAGUCAUAAUGCGCACUUAGUUUUUAGACUGAAUAUGACCACAUAAAUACAGCCAUUUUUGAUUGAAUGCUUGUCUACACUUAUGCAGGUUGUUUCAUAUUUGUCAAACAGGGAAUGUGCUGUUUGUCCCAUUCCAGACAAAGUCGGGUAUCCAUCGCGUGUAUCUGACGAGAGAUCUGAUGUACGUUGAUCUGCAGAAUGUUGUUGCAGAAGCAGAAGUGCACUACUUUUACGGCGCCGGACAAACUGGAGGAACCCUGCGAGCUACAGGGCUGCAGUUCACCAGCUUGACUGACAUCAAGAGAUUGCAAGAUGUCAUGGAAUCACUACGCAAAAUGAAUACAUGGAGACGAUCUGCUCUGUCAAUUUUCGAAAACCUUGCGACUCAGGCAUUUUUAAAUUCCCCGGUGAUGACGUGCGUCCUAUAGAUACAUUUUGUCUUUUAUGCUGGCCUGGAAAGUUCUGAAUUACAUGGCUUUACAAAAAAACCUUGGUUUUUUUGAUGCAUUUUUUGCCAGGAAUUGGCGGUCGGCGACAAAUUUCAACCGGGCAAAAUCACUUGAUACUGUUAUUCCCCUAUCUCGAUGACCUAGAAGGUUUUCUAAGCGGGUUGUGUACAAACCCUUAAAAAAGUUGUGAUAUAGGUUUAUGUGACAUCCAAAUGGCACAGAUCAACCAGAUCAUGCAGCAAGCACUGCAGUUUCCCCGAGCAUGAUUUGCACUUUACAGCUGUGUGGCACACCGUACUAGCUACUGAACAGAAACUUCUGAUAUAUCAAUUCCAUCAACUCUGUAGAUUUAGGUAACAAAAAUGACAAAGCAAAGUGUUAGCGAGCGGGUUGGUGUAUUUGCAUGCCGCGCGAAAAGUGUAAAGCGCGAAACCUUGACUAUUUAGUUUCAUGCACUGCCAACAACCGCUCGACUCCUCGGAAUGUCCCCAUUCCACGGAAGCUAGCGUUGCAUUACUCAUAAAGGCGCGAUGAUUAAAUUUUUUGAUCAGCAGAAAUCCUGCAACCGUAUGCAAACAAGCAAUACGUCUACUAAAAAGCAAACUUGUUCUUGGCAAACUGGAGAUGCUAGAAAGAUUUGAAGGGACUCCUGGUUACACAUGGGCAGGGUUCAUCAUACCAGAAAGCGAAUAACUAAGGCAGAGUGUGUAGCCGGCUGUAGGACCUCCAAGAACGGUUGUUUACUCUGUAACAGUUCCUAGAAAUGGAGUGCCGAAUUUUCGAGGCCAAGUUGGUUAGGUCGCGGCAUGUCACGUCUCUCCGACUGUGCAUUCCUGAUUGUCAUCUACGUGGCAUGUAGUUAUACAGAAGUGGUCAAAUCAACACUCCAAUAAACACCUCCGACUAUGAUGGGCCAAUGGUUUCAACGCUGCUAAGAACGCUACAGACCCCCAAUUACCCAUCGAUUGGAGACUUGACUGAUUAUUUUCCUAGUAAAUAUCGUCCCGAAUAAAUAUGAACUCGGAAAAUGGCAUUGGCGCUUUUCACCUUAGCUGCAUGCCAUUGAAUAUAACGUGCAGUUAUCACGAUGUUCUUCAGAUCGUGGGAGGCCCCACGCGUUUUACCUUUAAGUCAAUUAUCGACAACGAUAGCUUAUCGUCUAUGUCGCGUUGAAAAGGAUACCCGAAGUCAAUACGUAUUGGAUUUCAGUUUAAUUGCAUGACUUUGAUUCUUCUUUUGGACGCUACACCUUUUUAACCUUCUUUGCAUGCAUUAAGGUUUUAAUAGCUGUAACGUUACUUUUACGCAAAUUGUUUUAUUUUCUGCUUGUGUACGUCUUUGGCUGCAUGGUCUGCCACUCAAAAUUUGCCGAUAAUUUUGUAAUACUUAUUGUUUUGUUUUCGGUACAUUUGUAAGCUAUUGUUUAGCGAAGCUGAUAAGAUAAAAAUAUUAAGAUGAAAAAAAUUUUUACCAGCUUCCGUGCCAUUCAUACGGAAAGUGAAAAUCCGAAGAACAUAUAUGCAUGCUGUCGCCAUGCGCUUGCAAAACAUUACCAUGUAUUCUACUCAGAACCCAUGCUGUUUUUGCUGUUUCCGUACUCAUAGUGCCCUUUGAACGCACAUCUUGUGUGAUUGGGGGUGACGCAGGUACUCCAUACUGAUGAUGAGAAUGAUGGCACACUUCAUUCAUGUGGCAAAAGGGUAAAAACUUCGAUAUUAGUUCGUAUUUAAGCAUCAUUAAUUAUGCUUAUAGCUGGAUGCUAUUUUUGUCUACUCUUCAUGAAGCAUCAUGAUCUAAAAAUGUGGCGAUAUUCAAGAGGUUUUUCUCGUAAUGCAUGCGCGCAUUGUCAGUCCACAUUCGAUUUAAUAGCUUCCAUGCACCUAGUAGCAUUUCAAUGUGUAUUUUAACGCAUUGGUUGAAUGGGUCCCCAUAAGAGGGCGCAGUCUUUUUAUAUUUUACGGUUGACAAAUUUGGGAUAUCCGGGUUGGUUAUUUGAAGAAGAAGAAGAAGAAAAAGAAAAAGAUAGGCAUUUUGAAGCAGGUUUAUUAAAAUGCUGACGUUUCAAAGAGCUUGCUCGGCGCUACAUUGCCAAUGUGUAAAAUGCGCUUAGUCGAACGGAAAUUCCAAGUGGUAUGUUGUGUUCUUCGGCCUAAUGCUGAUCGCUUGUUGUGUCAUCUCGCAGGCUGAAACCUCAGCAGUGAUUUACGAAAUAAAUUGCAAUAAGGGCGACUGCAACUAUGUUAAAGAAACCGAGAGGAAAUAGCGGCCAUUAGGAGGUGAGAGCCCAACUCUCAACUAGCAAUACACGUUGGAGAAACAGGACAUGCUUUUGACCUACGGAGGACUACCAUCUUAGGCCGAGGCAUCACUAAAUCAGAACGGCUAAAUCAGGAGGUUUGGUUCUCUGUUGCCCACUGUAUCUACAGGCAUCUGAACCUUCCUGCAUAUUACAAAGUCCUACGUCAUCACAAUCUUAGAGCUCAGGACCAAACAAUCACAACGGACUUAAAAAGGCCGAACAGCGAAAAUUUGACACCCGUCAACUAUCCUCCGAGAACCAUAGCAGCGAAUGGAGAGGAACUUCGAUCCGUAUGAGGCCGACCAAACCAACAAUUCCCCUUGAAAAUUGCGCUCGAUUAAGUGCAUUUUACGCUUUAACAUUGAAUAGCGAACAAACGCUUUAAAAAGUCAGCAUUUAAAUAAACCUGCUCCGAAGUGCUACUGGCCUUCUUUUACCUAUAUCUGUAAGCACCGAGGUAUAUAAUAUGCGUACGACACAUCUAGGAUUUAUGCAAUAAAAAAUUCUUCUUAACCCACUCACCAUACGAAUGUUUACGAUUGCGACCCGCUCGUGGUCAGUACCACUGACCCAGUCAAACCACUUAAACAUAAGUAGUCGUUUAACUAGACACCAAGAUUAAUUUUGCGCAGUUGCCACGAUUUUAACUUUGUUGUGAUCUAACCCAUCCCUUCAUACAUUGCGAUUACUUGCAAUUGACAUGGGCGUGUGAGAGGUAAUCUGAAAUACACUGGGGAUGAUUAAGUAAAACAGUUUUCUCGAAUGUCUGAACCGAGAUACUGCUUCAACAAUUGUGGAAUUGUAUAUUUCCUUCCGUUCCAAUUAAAUGCAUGAUUAGUUUUAUUUCCAAUUGAUGUCACUAUUGGGCGUCGAAAUACUAACUGCACUACGCGUUGAGGUUGCGUGUAAAGAAAAGCGAUGCGUUCGGCCUACCACAAAAGCGAUAUGGGGGGAGGUUCAAUUAAAAUCCGGCUUAUAUGACGAUUUUGGUUUCCUUUUCUCUUGGAGACUCGUUGGUAGCAUGGUCUGCUACGAUCGAAAUUUGUCAUUAUUCGAAUUUGUUUAUGUUAAUCGUGGAUUUUUGGGUCAGGAAUGGGCAAACCCUAAAAUAUUGGCGUCCGGAGGCAAACAAUCAGCGCAUGUGGGACGGAGGUCGCAAUUUGACCAAGCAGAAUGUGGUGUAACAAAGAAUGCGGGUUCAUUAUGCACUCAUUCUGCCAGUUAAAAUCCUGAUUAACCAGUCCCUUUUGCAGGUCGUCGCGUUAUGGCUGUGAUUUUCGUCCCACGUAGUAAUUGGGGUUGUGAAUCCUUGCAUAAAUGAAAAAUAAGCCAUACGUUUUACUGUAUGACCCUGCCCCUAUUUUAUGACCGCCCCUCUUUGAUAUUUAUGUUUCAUACUUUUUUGACGUCACACCUUAUUUUACUUUGUUUUUUUUUCAAAUACGUGGAACAUUUAGUCGUUGUUUGCAUUUCACGCAAAAAAUCUUUUGUUUUUUGACUUUCGUACGUUUUUGCCGCACGGGCUUUCAUUGUCGUUGGGCUAAACACUUGCCGACAAUUUCAUAAAAGUUAUUGUUUUGUUUUCGAAUGUUAUUUGUUAUCGCAGGUUACUGGGUUUUCAUUUACAUUCGCUUCGUGCAGCCUUCAUAUGGUGGGCUUUUCUUCGUUUAAACGUGAUUUAUACGCCUAUCGGACUUUUUCGAUACAUUAUUUAAGCUACUGUUUAGUGGACCUGAUAAAAUCCAAUGCAAGAACCGUAUUAGAAACCAUGCGGAGGAACUGAUGACUUCGGUUUAGGUUUUCGGGACAAGAAGAUGGAUAUGCUGUGUCUUUCUGUGACCUCUGAGCACAUAAACGGAUCAAUACUUAAGGCGUAAUGUUUAGUUUACAGGCUGACGAUAACUUUAGCUGUAGCCACCCGACUCUUGAUUUUUAUGCCAGGGUGUAAGAUUGGCCUUGUGAGUCCGUUGUGUUCGUAGAAACGGACAGUUAUAUACGUACGCUGCAACAGAAAGAUAAGAAUCGUUAAUGCACAAUCCUCAUAGACAGACACAAUAUUAGGACUGCAAAAAUAAGAACAAAGUAAACAAAAUAGGUCAUUCGAGAGACAAAAAUAUCAGACUUUGGCUACCGACCUUCCUUGAAACUUCAUUCCGUCAUACGGCAUCGAUUUUACCGUCUAAUAGUGAAAUGCCUGUAAAGGGCAGCCCUUCAGAUUUUAUUGUAGCUUUACAGGGUUUCAGCGUCUUUUACUUCAUCCUCCAGACAGAUGACAUUUGACUGAUCAUUUUCAGUCAAAACCUACUGCUGGGAAGUUCACGGUAAAAGGCAAUAAACAAAGGUUAUCAAGGGUCAGGAGGACUCCAGAAUAGCAAUCAACUUCUCAAAUUUUUUCAUCUUAGAGGAAAAAACAAUAACAAAUACGUACAUGAAGUAUACAUUUAAUAGAUUCUAAAGUUAUCUGUCAAUUUAAAUCAGCCACUUGCAUAUAAGUAGGUAAUCGAUAUGCGUCAGUUUGGUCAUAACUACGUUGGACUAAGUGUUUCUCGUAGACAUGACAGGGCCAGUGGAAGAAAAGCAACUGUUCCUCAAAUGCAGGCUGAAUAUUAAUACUAAUUUUAAAACAACUGUUGACUCAAUACCAGCUGUCGUUGUGAAAUCUACACGCUGUGACAUUUCAGUGACCAGUCAUUAUCGAGGUAGAUGGGAGCUAGUUUAAACUAAGGCAUUGGGCAAAAAAUGAGUUUCGAUGCGUGGUAUGUUUUAAAAUUAGAUGCCAUGGCAUGGAUAUAGUCCGUUUAAGGGAAAAACGGACGAGAAAACACGACGGGUGAAAAGUUAAUGUGGCCUAAAUACCUACAGUAGAGUAAAAAACACUUGCUAGCUUGCAAAAUGGGAUGAUUCGGAUAGAAUAGAUAAAUGUGACGGAGAGUAUGUUAAUACAUAUUCGGAAUCUAAGUUAGAGCGCGGAAGGCAUAUAACUGCGAUUCAUACAGUGCGUGACCUAUCUCAUGAAAUGUUUGCUGAAAUUCUGAAAUGCGUUUUCGAUUAGGAAGUAUUACUUGGUCGCGGUUGUGAUACUGAUUAUCUUAAGGCUUACUCUUAUUACAUUUUGGACUCGACAGGAUGCCUGCUUUAAAAUGCACUUCUUUUUAAUCUCCUGUAUGAAGCGUGCUCGGUGAAAAAUGACUACUUAAUUAGCAUGCGUUUUUUCUAUUGAUUAUUGAUGGUCUUGGAAAUUCAAAUAUAUUUUAUAGAAACAACAAAAAAUAUGCUUUCUUUUAGUCUAUCAAUAGAGAAUCACGUUUACUUUAUAUUUUAUACUUAAGGGAGGAGUAUAAUUAGGUUUUAAAAAGUUUCUAAUUAUGAGACUUUUUAAGACCGCGAUAUGUCCAUUCGCAUAGCAUCGUACCUGGCCGUUUACCACUGCUCCUCAUAAAAUGUACUACAUGGUCCGCAUCCAUUACAAAAUUGUGUGGACCCUGUAUGAUAUCUCUUUAAUGACAUAGAAAAUAUGGAAUUUUCUUUACGCGGAUCGCAUGCACCUUGUAGAGUGUAAUCACUAAGCGCUAAUGCAACGAAUGAUCAGGCUCCAAAUUUUUCGGCAAUUAGAAAACUUUUUUAAAACCCAAUUAUACUCCUUCCUUAAGUAUAAAAUAUAAAUAAGACAUGAAUCUCUAUUGCUUGACUAAAAGAAAGCAUAUUUUUGUUUUUAGGUUCAUUAAAAUAUAUUUGAAAUUCCAAGACCAUCGGAAAUCAAUGGCAAAAUGCAUGCUACUUAAUUAGUCAUUUUUUACCAAAAAUGGUUUCUACAGACGACUAAAAAGCAGUGAAUUCAAAAGCUGACAUCCUGCCGAGUCCGAAAUGAUAUAAGAUUAUGCCGCAGGACAACCAGUAUUACAACCGCCAUCAAGUAAUCCUUCCUAAUCGAAAACGCAGCUCAGAUUUUCGUCCAACAUUUCAUGAGAUAGGUCACCCAAUGUAAAUGGCUCGCCGAAUCAGCAAUAUUGAGUGGCUGACGUAAGAAGAGGCUCUUUGGCGUAACACGAUUGUUCAUUUGAGGUCAAAACUAUGGCCAGUUUUUCCGAUGCGAGUUUCCAGCUGUGAGUUUGGGUCUAGUCUCCGAGUUGCGAGUUAGGACUCAUGUUUGCGGGCCUUCAAUAUUUGUCCGGUUUCUCUAAAGUAAAUCCAGCCUCCAUUCUUGCAACGCAUUCGUCAGACAGCUUCUGAGUUUUCAGUGGGUGACAGUAUGUAUCUAAUCUGUGUGCAAGUCAUUGUUUAAGAGGCCGCGACAUCUCAGUUACUGCGUGGCUAUAGAGUAAGGAUUUUUGAAUUGACCGUAUGAUCGACUGAGUUGUUUUGACUUGUCGUAAAGGGCAAACACACAGAUGUACAUAUUUUAUGUAAAGUGCAGUAUUCAUUUGCUGAAGCGUCUAUUUCGGGUGUCAUUGAGGACACUUUUGCGCCGGAACCAUUGCUUGAUAAUGUUUACUUCACUUUAAAUAAUUCAGUCAGUUUGUCGCCGUCACCGUUACCUGGGAAUGUCAUAGUUCCAAUCAGUCAAUUAUUCAUUAUGUAGCAUAAUUAUGUAAUAGUUUAUUUGACUCAGAAGACCGGCAUUCGAACGAACUUCUUUCCGUAUGCGGGCGAAAACUUUGUUCUCUAAAAUGAAAUAACAUGAAUUUUUUCAUUUCACUUUCGACGCCCUUAAAAAAUUAAUUGUAUUUCAUGAAAAAAACACGCAUGUAAAUAUUUAUUUUCUCGCACAUUCCGUAGAAAAUUAAGACUUUAUUUAAUUAAGUUCUCUACCCAAAAGUAUAUUCUCACAUUUACUGCCAGAAAAACGCAGUACUACCGCCAAUUCAAGCCACAAACCGACGCGGCUGCAUAGAAGAAAUGCAGUAGAUGAAAUGCUUAACAAAGUUUGGAAGUGCGUUCUCUUUUCGAAAGAAAAAAUACGGUAGAUGUGCUAACUCAUGAAAUGACAACCAAAAUUUCGAAAUGUGUUUACGUUUCGAAAAACCUACUUAAGUGGUGUUGCAAAACUAAUCAUGUUGCAGCAGAAAUCUAUAAUGAUCAACUUACCUCAGGGUGUCAACUUUCGAAAGAAUUAAUUUUCGGCUGCAUUCAAUGCCUAUACAUUGCAAAAAAUGACUGCUAAAUGAGUAUGCAAUUGUCUUAUUGAUUUCCGAUGUCCUUGAAAAUUUAAUUAUAUUUUAUGAGAAACAUGCAUAGAAAUAUCGAUUCUUUUACUUAUCCGGUAGAACAGCACGUUUUUUUCAAAUUGCAUGCUCAAAAAAGAUUAUAAUUCGGUUUUUUAAAAAAAGUUUCCAAAUGCGAGAUUUUUAAAUACCGUUAAAUGACCGGUUAUGAAACGUCAUGUAUCUGCAUUUACGCAUAUGGCUUAUAAAAUUUAAGAAUAUUGUUCAAAUCCACAGCUUAAUUUUAUGAACCUCAUAUGGUUUCCUAUUAACACCGUAGAGAAAUGUAUGGUUUUCAGUACACGGAAAAUAUACAACUUGUAGUUUUGAAACCCUGAAUGCAAGUGGCAGCAGAUCGGGUUCAAAAUUAUUCGAGAAUUAAAAAAGUUUUUAAAACCGAAUUUUACUCUUCUUUUUAACAUGAACUUGGAAGAAGACGUGAUUAUGUACCGAAUAAGUAAAAUAAUCAAUAAUUCUAUGCAUGUUUCUCAUGAAAUAUGAUUGAAUUUUCAAGGGCAUCGAAAAUCAAUGAGAAAAUUGCAUACUACCUAAGUAGUCAUUUUUGCCGAAAAAAGGUUAUUUUGAAAGCCAAAGCCCUGUGGUCACUGGAUGAUUAUAGAUUUUUGCUGCGUAAUCAUUAGUUUUACAACACUACUUAAUUUAUCUUUUCGAAACGUGAAUGCAUUCCCAAUUAUUGAUUGGCAUUUCAUGACUAAGCACAUCUACUGUAUGUGUGUAGACUGUUUUGGUUUGUCACUGCACCGGAUUUUACAGAAGAAAGACAAAUGAAAACUAGUUAAUCAUGGUGGCAACCUGCCUACCAUCACUAACAUAAUGCCGGCGUUUUUAGGAUAUGAGAGGUUGAAAUAAUCUGAACCAUUGGUUGAUUUGGAGUCUUACACAGCGCUCAGCUGGUAUCGUGCAGCUGCGACGUAUGCACAGCUGCCAUGAUGAAGGAUAGCGGGCAACUUGGCAACCGGAAAGCGAAGUGCAGAUUUGAGGGACAAUGGUCAUCAGAAUGGAAUACAAUUUCAGAGGGGCGCGAAGGUGGUACUGGGUACUCGGCAUAUUCAAUUCUUCGCAGAAAAAGGACAUUUUUGUGCAAGCACGAAAAAGGAGCUGGCCGUCCCUUAGAAUCGUCAUUAUGAACGAAUGAAGGCAUCCAGUGCCCUAAUUACAGAAAAACACAAGCAGUACAAUGUUAGCCACUCCAGGAAUUUUGUAGAUUGUGAAUCAAGCCGUCACGUAAACGCUAUCGAGGCUGACGAUGAAACUGAUUGAAAUCGGGUUGGUCUCCAGAAAGUCUAACUAGACUUAUUUAGAUAAAGCCCAAUUCAGCAUAUGGAUCCCUCUCGACCAAAGUGAUCUGGGUGUAGGCUGUAAUGUCUUUCUUCGAUAUUUUGCUUUGCCGUUUUCAGUUAAGCCGAAAGCCCUAAACCGACGUAUUUUUAACGGGUAACAGAGUCCUUUGGAGAAAGGUAACUGAAAGGAAUGGAUGAUGUUUUUUUAAUUUUAUAAAUAUUCCUUGUCCGGCCACGAAAUGAAAGCGGCUGCGACAGUUGUUGCAGGAAAAAGGUGGUCGCCGAAAGCUACAUGUUUAACGAAACUGAAACCUAUACCAGAAAUUGCAAAUGACAUAUUUUGUGUCAGCAACGCUGAUAAUCCCAUCAGCUAACGGUAAAGCCACGCUAUGAAACCGCACGUCAGAUCUGAUGGCAAGUGUAUACUAACGCCAGACGAUUGAGGGAAUAAAACCCUCGGUAUGGAUUCCAACCUAUCGAAAGAUUAACUGAACCUACCUAGGGACAAAAAAAAUCCCUAGAAGAAAAUCUUUUUUGAAAGAAUUCUGCGUGGGGGUGCAGUGACUCCGCAGACCGUAUCUUUGUUGCAGCCGCUGAACAUAUGGCCAGUACUGAUGACAACUUCUGCUAAGGUUAACCAGAGCCCAGAAGCGUCUGGAAAGAAAACCCCUGCAACGUAUAGCUGUUUAUCGAAAAUUACAUUAAGUCUAGCCGAGUUCUGGGAAUAAAACCCCCAAAACAUCCCUUCACGAAAGAUUUAUAUUUAGGAGUUUUGCGAUGACUGAACGAAGGACAAUGCUAAUGAGCUGGUAAAGCAACACUGUGGAUGUUUUAAAUGUUCAAUGAUCAAAAGUUGAACGGAAGCUAGCAAGCUUUGUGGUCAGAGAAUAUCUAGUACUUGCCGUUUACGAAAGAGUUCCAUGUGGGAUGCGGUUAUCUAACGGGUGUCAUCAAUGUCUAACCCGCUAACGGCUACACUGUUGAACCUGUUUCUUGUAUUGGUGACGUAUUGACAGGAUGGAGGAAAUAAAACUGCUUAUAUGGAUGGCAUCCUAUCGAAAGGUAAACCAAACAUAAGAACGGAAGAGGAACAUCUAUAGAACAUGCCGUUUACGAAAGAAUUCCCUAUGGGGGAGCAGGGACUUAAAGGAUGUUGUCGACUUCGUAGCCACUAAAGGCAGCUCUGUUGUGCCCAUGGGUGAUAUUGAUGGCAAUAUUUUCAAUGGUAAAUCGAACCUCAAUGGAUAAAGGUGACAAAACAGCUGAUAUGGAUGGCUACGCAUUGAAAGGCACACCAACCGUAACGGCGUUAGGGGUAGAAAGCACCGUAGCACUCGCAUUCUUAAAAGAUUUCCGUUAGGUCUUCAAUAUCCGAACGAAUUGCGUCUCUGCAUUAGCUGGUGAAGCAACGCUAAUGUUUGUAAUUCAGUAGGCAACAAUGUGUAAUGUGCAAUACUGGGUCUUUUACCGCGCCCCUGCUGGGAUUUUGUCUUAGGAAACCAAUUUUCUACCAGCUAUCCGGAAAGUAAAAGAAUGCUCAAUUGCGAAGCACGUAAUAUUCUACAGCCCCGACCAACAUACAAUACAACAUGGAAUCAUAUAAUGCACGAAACUGCUGGAGUAUUUAAAAAGGCCUGCGUCGCAAGGUUUUCGAGCAUGGACAAGGCAGAUUGUCUCCACAUGUUCAUUAUAUGCAGUGCUUCCAUUGUUUGCUGCAACGUCUGCACAUCAGUCAAGCUGGUGAAUUGUAGUCCCGUAGAUCGCACAGUUCCCCGAGCUUGUCCGGAGCCGUAAACAUAAUGAAUUUCAGUUACUGCAACAACGUUCUGCAAGUAAACGUAGAUCGAUUCCUCGGGCAUAUACACGGAAGGAGACUCUCGUGUGACUUUAAUGGAACAGGAAAUAAAAUAUUCGUUUGACGAAUAUAAAACACCGCAUAAUUUUAUAAAAGCAUCCAAGUAAACACAUGUAGUCAUGCAUGGUUGCGUUUUUAUGGUAAACUGAAGCAUUCAUUUAAAUUGUAUAGAGAGCUUAAAAUGCAGAACGCAUUAUAUUCAUUUGAAGCUAAUAAUAUUUAAACAAAAUCAUGAAGUAAAAAGAGAAAAAAUAUGUAUUAAAUUAUCACAAAUGAUUUGAAGUUGACCUCUUGUACAUAUUGAAUAAUUUGAAACAGUCAUAAAGAUGAUUGGUCAUUAUCAUGCAGAAAUCGUUAACUGCUAUACAAACAGGACAAGUGUCUAUACGCUACUUUUGGUAUCGUUGCUAGUUGAAAGCCUUGGUAGGUACAUCGCAUGGCAGUUGCCAACUGCAAUGGCUGUCGAGUAUGCCGUCUUGAGGCUCAUGCAGCUUUACCACUUGUCGAGACUUAACUGAAUCAUCUGAAGGAACUGAGAGUUCUAGUUCCUGCAUCCUACUCCGAUUGGCCCGCUGUAACCAUUGUGGUUAGGGAAUCCAAUGUCUCAAUCCGCAUUCGUGCUAAAUUCUACACCGGCUUAAUGACACACUGAUGCUGAACUGCUAUGCACUGCCGUUUCAAGCUAAUCUUUUUACCCUGAUGAAUGUGGCCACUCGCUUUGACAAGCUGGAUAUCGCUUAUGAGUACCUGCAGAUCGAGGUCGUCCCAGAGUCGCGCGAAUUGUUGACCAUUAACAUUCCCCACGGUCUCUUCCAACAUACAAGGCUGCAUAUUGGUGUCAAGAGCCCACCGACACAACUCCAGUAGACGAGUAACGCAAUGCCAGCCUGCAUCCCUGACACAGCUGGGUACCCGAACGACAUCAGAAUCCUGGGUCGCUCCUCUGGCAAGCUGAAAGGCCGAGUGUGUGCAAUUCUCAAACUCGUCAAGGAAUAUGGUUUCAGGCCUGCGUGCCGACAAGUUCCAAUUCUUUCACGACUCCAGAGACUAUCUCGGAUUCGUUUUCUGUUGUCCCGGUUGUCAUCCAGAUCCUGAAAACCUUCGGACCAAGCAACGAUGCCUGCGUUGAAGAAUGUCUCGUACCAUCGUUAGUUUCGUGGUCGGAUUAGCUACUAUAGGUCCUUCUGCAAUCGUUGAAUAAAGUACGGACCCCACUUAACCGUCUGUUGCAGAAGGAUGCUCCUUGUUGCCGGUGCUCCAAAUACGAAAAUGCCUUCGCCCAGCUAAAUUCGAUGUUAAGUUCAGAUCAGCUGCCAAUAUUUGUUGCUGUAAAUGCCUCCAACCAUGCAGUUGCUUUCGUCAUCUAACAUACUUUUCCUGAUAGGUCUGAACUUCGAUCAAGUAUGAAUGUUAAAUGCUAACCCCUGCGGAGAAGAAAUAUGGGCAAAUAGACAAAGAUAAUUUAGCCCUCGUUUUGUCCGCCAUGAAGUUCCAUAAGCUGUUGUACGGUCGCGAAUUCGUGUACUUGGAAGAUCACAAACCACCGCCGUCAAUCUUAGGUUCGAAGAAGGACAUUCCUGUCUUUUAAGCCAGACGAAUUCAGCGAUAAAUAACCAUUCUUCCUAGUCACAGUUUCGGCAGUCUCUUUUGCCGUUUUCCCGACUUUGGUCAGGCUGACGCCCUUUCUCGCCUCAUCUGCAAUUAUCAGGAACCUGAGAAAGACAUUGUGAUUGCCACUAAUUCGAUUGAGGACUAUGUGCGCAGUCUCUUCUCAGAUGCCAUACAGUGUAUCACUGUCACUUCCGCGGACAGAUCUUGGCUCUCUGUUUACUCCGGCGAUAUUUGA